AUCCCACAGAGUAAACUUGUUGUAACCAGCACUUGAACAAACCACAAGAUGCCGAGAGAAAUCAUUACGAUCCAGGCUGGCCAAUGUGGCAACAGCAUUGGGAGUCAGUUCUGGCAGCAGCUUUGUCAAGAACACGGGAUCAAUCAAGAUGGUAACUUGGAAGACUUUGCGACCGAGGGCGGCGAUCGGAAGGACGUCUUCUACUAUCAAAGCGACGACACCAGGUAUAUCCCCAGGGCAAUAUUAAUUGAUCUGGAGCCAAGGGUUAUCAACGGCAUACAAACGGGUCCCUACAAAAACAUAUACAACCCAGAGAACUUCUACGUUGGCAAAAAUGGUGUUGGUGCGGCCAACAACUGGGGUGAUGGCUAUCAGACUGGCGAAUCGGUCCACGAAGAUAUUAUGGAGAUGAUUGAUAGGGAAGCAGACGGAAGCGACUCACUCGAGGGCUUCAUGAUGCUUCAUUCGAUUGCUGGUGGCACUGGGUCAGGGCUGGGCUCAUUCCUCUUGGAGAGGUUAAAUGAUCGGUUUCCCAAGAAAAUCAUACAAACCUAUUCAGUAUUUCCGGAUACCCAGAAUGCCGGAGACGUUGUCGUCCAUCCCUACAACAGUAUCCUGGCCAUGAGGAGAUUGACACAAAAUGCCGACUCGGUGGUGGUGCUGGAUAACGGCGCCCUCUCACAUAUUGCAGCCGACAGGCUCCACGUGCAAGAGCCGUCUUUCCAGCAGACAAAUCAGCUGGUUUCCACUGUUAUGUCUGCCAGCACAACGACACUGAGAUACCCGGGCUACAUGCACAAUGACCUUGUCAGCAUAUUGGCCUCCUUGAUCCCUACUCCCAAGUGUCACUUCUUGAUGACAUCCUAUACUCCCUUUACGGGGGACCAAGUCGAGCAGGCCAAGACGGUACGCAAGACGACAGUUCUGGAUGUUAUGCGCAGGCUACUGCAGCCCAAGAACCGCAUGGUUUCAACGAUACCCGGCAAGAAGAGUUGUUAUAUCUCAAUUCUCAAUGUCAUCCAAGGCGAAGUUGAUCCAACCGAUGUUCACAAAUCUCUGCUGCGCAUUCGCGAAAGGAGGUUGGCCACUUUUAUUCCUUGGGGACCAGCGAGUAUUCAGGUUGCUCUGACCAAAAGGAGUCCAUACAUACCAAUGAGCCACCGUGUCAGUGGUCUCAUGUUGGCCAACCACACUAGCAUUGCUACACUUUUCAAGAGGAUCGUAAGGCAAUACGACGGCAUGCGCAAGCGAAAUGCAUUCAUAGAAGGCUAUAAGAAGACGCAGCCAUUCUCGGAAAACCUAGAUGAGUUUGACGAAGCGCGACAAGUGGUCAGCGACCUUAUUGCAGAGUACGAAGCUGCCGAAGAUGCCAAUUAUUUAAACCCAGAUGCCGGUGAGCCUGGCACUUCGGCCGAGACGGAUCGGAGGAUGGGUUGAAAGCGUCUGCUAGCUGUGUUGUCAUGUCCGGUUGUCAUUUGCAAUUUCGAUACCCUGUCGGCGUUCUGGAGGUGGUCAUUCUAUGAGACGCAUUGUUUGCGAAGGGAAAAUUAGUGGUCAUCAAUUCAAUCUUAGAAUCCC